AUGCGCCAGAUAGCAUCUCGUGUGGCCUUCGCGGCUCUCCUAUUGGUGUCGCUCGCAGCGGCGCUUCCUCAUGGUGACGAUGAGGGCAUGGACAUGAACAAGGAUUCGGGAAUGGACAUGGAUAUGCAGGCCAGCGCCUCGGCCGCAGCUUCGGCUGACAACGCCGAGUCACCCAUGAGCUACUUCAAAUACAACAAACACUCGACUUCGAUCAUGGCGCACAUUGUGCUGAUGGUUCUAGGCUGGUGCUUCGUUCUCCCUGCAGCGGUCAUGUUGAGCAUUGCGCGCUCGCGGCUCGCUCUACCCUCUCAAUUUUUGUUCUUGGUCUUCAAUGCAUUUGGUCUGCUCCUAGGCAUCAUUUACAACACUAGUACCCCCGAUCUCUAUGAGAACAAUGCGCACCACAAGAUCGGCUGGAUCGCAACGUGGGUGAUUAGCGUGCAGGUUGUGCUGGCGCUGAUCUUCGCUUAUGCUGGCCGCGGCGAGUCGGCCUCCCAGUCGCCCUCCUACGAGCGCGCUGCAUUCCUCCCUGUUGCGACAGACGAGUCCACGCACGUCUUCCCCACGGGCCCGAUGCACGAGUACCGCUGGUCCCGCGAUAGCGGCCAGGGCACCGAGCCGGGGUCGCCAAACCACAGCCCCGGCUCGCCGUCCAGCGAGAUGCCUGACUAUGACGGCUUCGAGAAGCCCGAGGACGAGCAGCCAGCUCCGGCACCACGCCGCUGGUUCCCCAGUACGUUUGUCGAUCGAUUCCUGUCACACCGGGUGCCGGGCAUGGUCUCUAAUCGCGUGCUGCGCAUCUUCAACGGCGUGUACAAUGUGAUCGACCGGAUUAUUCUGCCGUUUGGAUUUGUAGCGAUUGCAACAGGAGCCGUGACGUAUGGUGGCAUCAUGCGUGAUCGCGAGAUCUUCAAUGGACUGGCGCACUUCAUCAAGGGUGGUAUCUUCUUCUGGUACGGCAUUCUCACACUCGGCCGAUAUAUUGGGUGCUGGGCGGAUCUGGGCUGGGCCUGGAACAAGAAGCCUCCGGCGUCGGUGGUGGGUAACUGGAAGUCGAAGGCUCCAUCGGGCGAAUUCACAGAGUCCUUUGUGAUCUGGUUGUAUGGCGUCACCAAUGUGUUCCUGGAGCACCUGUCCAGCUGGGGAGGUGCCUGGUCCGCGACUGAUUUGGAGCAUGUUUCCAUCUCGAUUUUGUUCUUUGGGGGUGGCUUGGCUGGUAUGCUCUUCGAAUCUUCGCGCAUCCGUGAGGCCCUCAACAAUACCAUCCUCCGCUCUCCUCCGCACGGAACCCGGGAUGAGGGGUGGCAGGCCCCAAAGUCACAGGGCGUGUCCCUCAACCCGAUGCCCGCCUUGAUCAUCUUGCUGCUUGGUAUGAUGAUGGGUUCGCACCACCAGACAAGCAUGACCUCGACGAUGGUGCACAAGCAGUGGGGCAACAUGCUGGUGGGCUUUGCCCUGGCGCGCGGACUGACCUAUGUCCUGCUGUUUCUGCGUCCGCCAACAUCGUAUCUGCCGGCCCGGCCGCCCACCGAGAUUAUCUCGGCGUUCUGUCUGAUUGCCGGCGGACUCAUCUUCAUGAUGAGCACCCGGAAUGUGAUCGAUGCGAUGGAGUACUAUGAGCUGGACGCGAUGUUUACCUUCACCGUGGGACUGGGCCUCACGGCGUUCAUCAUCGCGCUAGAGAUCCUGUUCAUCUCGCUCAAGGCGUGGGCGGUGAGGCGCGAACAACGGCCGCUCAGCUUCCACUUCUCGUGA